AUGGGUCGCGCUCCCGCUCUUCCCUUGGCUCUUGCUGCUCAUGAUAGGAAAGUGCUUUCAAGCACCUUCCUCGAGAUGGAAAGAACAGCAGUCCUGCGUGCCUCCACUCCCAGGAGUGCACCUCCUACCUUGGUCGUGGUCAAACUUCUCGCCACCCAAUCCGAUAUUCCCAACCUCCACAUCGGGAAGCUUGUAACGAUAUGGACGGGCUUUGUGGGCAAGAACUCUAUCAUCCAGGUCCCUUUCGUGUCGAUGAUCGUUCCAGUACACCCCGGCCCAGCUUCGCAAUCCUGUAUCAAGUUUCACCAAGAGGGAUCAAACCCAGAGGAGACGGGUUUCUGUCGUGUCCCUCUCGAAUAUGACACCGGUUCUCCGGCCUCUGAGAUGCCGGGACUGAUCAGUCUCAAAGCCCUCAUGAAAGGCACGCAAACCCAUGAGAAGAAUGACAACGACACCUUAACAAGAGUCCUCGUCUGCGUUUCCAGCGUCGGCCCUCGCAAAACCAUCAAGACCAACAACAAGCCAGGCACUCUAGACCUGGUUGAGGUUCAUGUGUGUGACAAGACUGACCACUACGUGAUUAGACUCUGGAGUGACCAGAUUGUUUCAGCACGCGAAUAG